UUGUAAUUAAAAACCCAUUUUAACAGCGAUUUAGGUGUGAAUGCAUUGAUUGACUGCAUUAGCAAUGACGGCAUAUAUGCUAUGGUUUGCCAAUCAAUACAAUGGUUUCAGAGUUUCGACUCAUCACUUUCUCUGUUGUCUUCAGGAGUUUGAGAGUUUGGCGUCACUUCUCGCCAUCGAUUACCAGUACAUCGAAGAGCCAUCCGAUAAGGUUUGUGUCCAUUGCGAUGCACUUCUCAAUAGUGAUACCACUCUUAUUCCUCGACAGCCAUUCAUUUUGUUCACAUCCGAUGCCACAGACACUCAACUCGAGCGUCUGAUGUCGCGGACAGUGUUGGCUCGAAGUCUGUACGAGUUGUGGACCAAUUCGGGUGAUUUGCAACAGUUUUACGACGACUUACGCCACUCUCCCAACACU